AUGGUAAUGCAAUUCAAGUGCGUUUGUAAGUCAUGGGAAUCACUCCUCAUGGACGAUUCAAUCCUUCCUUCGGAUCUCCUGAUGGAAAUCCUGUCAUGGCUUCCCGUGAAAACCCUAAUGCAAUUCAAGUGUAUUUCCAAGUCAUUGGAAUCACUCAUCACCAAUGAUCCAAAGUUUGCGAAACUCCACCUCAAGAGAUCUCCCAAAAAUAUGCACAUCCUCCUCACCUUACAUGAAGAAAGAGACAUUGAGCACAUCAACACAUGUGCCGUUCCGUGCUCCGUGCAUCAUUUGAUGGAGGAGCCGUCGUCCGUGAUCAAUGAAGACGGGUCCUACAAUUUGACAGACAAGUUUUUGAUGAUCCAAGAAGGGAUCUACCUUUGGAAGCACAAGUAUGGGAUCGUUGGCUCCUGUAACGGAUUGGUCUGUUUGGGCAGAUUUUCUGAUGUUGAUCAAAUUGAAGAAUUAUGGGUCAAGCUCUGGAACCCAGCCACGCGCUUGUGGUCUAACAAGUCACCAAUCUUUCGUAUGAACUUGCGAACUGAGGCGUGUGACUCAUGGGGUAAGGUGAAUUGCGGGUUCGGCUAUGAUGAUUCGUGUGAUACUUACAAGGUAAGUAAAGUAUAA